AUGUCUCAGCAAUGUGAAAUAGAAUCAUGUAAGAAACAAUCAUCGGCAUUGUGUCAUCAUUGUAAAAAGAAUGUUUGCUUGAAACAUCUUAAUGAACAUGCUGAAACAAUCAACAAAGAAUUAUACCCAUUAGCCGAUCAAGUUAACAACUUACUCGAUAAGCUAAGUCAGCUGACUCCAGAAUAUGUAAAAGAACAGUCGAGUGAACAACUAGAGAAAUGGCGCCGAGACUGUUAUCGAUUGAUUGAUCAAUUAUACGAAGAAAAACUCCAGGAGAUCGAAAAGAUAGUUCAACAAAACUUUGCUAAAAGCAAAAAUGAACAACUUAAAGUAAUAAGAAAUCUUCAAAAUGAAAUCGGGGAAUUAAUUCGGGACAAGGAUGCAACAUACAAUCAAAUAGAACAGAUGACGGAUACAAUGAAAGAUGCAGAAAGAAAUUUAGUUGAUCUUCAGUCAAAAUUCAUGAGAAUUCAAGCACAACCCCUGAAUAUUAGCAAAGAUUCAGUCCGAAUAUUAUCAAAUAUGGUUUCUGGUAUAUCGUUUGAUAUCUCAAAACUAGGAAUACCGAUCAAAACAAUAAAUUUUCAAGGUACUUGGUAUACCCCGAUAGCCACGAAUAAUAAGUACAUAGUAGUACAGCACCAGUCAGACCUAUGUUUAUACGAUCUGCAAUUAAAUUUAGUAAAUAAAAUGCAAUGGAAAUAUGGCCAGGUAACUGACAUAUGCUAUCAAUCGAUGAUCAACGCAUUUUUUAUUUUAACGAAGGACAGUUUAUAUACCUUUGAUACAAUAAAGAUGGACAUAAAAAACACGGUUAUAACUGUAAAAACAUACCAUGACUUCUGUUGUAUUUCAUGUAAUGAUGCAGCUUUAUAUCUUUGUUAUAGAAAAUAUGGUACACCCAUUGAAGUAUAUGAUACUCGAUCAGUUAAAUUGUUAGAACAGUGGAGUCCACCCCAAUCAUGCGCAAAAGAUGAAUGGCUCGAUAAAAUGCAGUGUACUAAUGUUAAUCUAUGUUUAAUAAUUUAUAACAAAACAAGACAAGAUUAUCGUCUAGAAUUAAGACAUUUAACCGUAAUGAAUCUGUUGUGGACACUAAAUCUUACUAUAAAAAGUACAGCAUAUCAAUGCGGCUUAUGCGUUUUACCCCGAAACGAAUGGCUUUUAUUAGACCCAAACGGGUCGAAUUUGCUACAAGUUACGUCGGAUGGAAAAUUAAAAGAAACAGUACGUUUGGAAGACAAGCCAUACUAUGCUAUUCUGAUUGGUAACAACUGCGCUGUUAUGAGUAAUAAAUCAGGAAUAACGCUGCAUAAUUAUUGA